AUGCCUAAAGUCAAGACAAAAACAGUGACACGAGCUGACACUAUUGUAACUAGGUCUAAGACUUCUUCAAAAAGAUUUAUCCAUGGGGAGCCACAAUUAAGGGUGUACAAAAAUAAAAAGAGCAAAAAGGUAGAAAAUGUAGCAAAGAACCGAAGAAAUUUACAAAAGGAGAUCGAUAAGGAUUAUUAUCCAGACAAGAAGAAGAGGAACAGUAAAGCUAAGAAUAUAGUUUUACAGCCAAAGCACAACUAUACUGUGGUUGCAGAUGUCAAUAAUUGUAAAAGACGAAAAAUGAAUGUCCCCAAGAAAGAUGUCAAUGCAUCUAGUGAUGAAGAAAGCACCAAUGAAAUAUUGCUCCGUGCCACCAUAUCGAAGGUGAUAACCACAAUGCAAGAAGCAGAUGAAUUGGAUGAUGAGGAUUUCAUGGAAAUCCUGACGUGUCCUAGUCCUGUCUGGUGGGAGGAAGCGCCUCCAGGUUACAUUGAAGAACCAAUAUCUGCUCAAUACCCAAAAAACAAGAAAACAAUCGACGAACUUAUUCAAGAGGAAAGUAAACGUGCCCAAAAACGUGCUACCAAACCGAUAUCCGGUGAUACGAGCAAACGUAACAACUUAGAAGCUCUUUUGGGAAAUUUGAAGCGUAAAUUAAGUACAGUAACCACCGAGACAGAUAAUCUAAUUAAUAAUAUAGCAGAUAAAGAGACGCAGGAUAAUCAUAGACAAGAUGAUAAAAAAGAUGAUGAUAGUAGAGAUAAUAUUGUUAGUAAUAACCAAAAUGUGACAGCGGAUGAAAUUAAGUUACUAGAUGUAAUAGAUCUAAUAUCGGAUGAGACAGAUGACGAAAAUCUGAAUAUGACGGUAGAUAGCGACUCUUUAUCAUAUUUGGAGAAUACAGAAAUUCCUAUGCUAUUCGAUGAAGCAUAG